AUGUAUGCGAUGUGGAGACUGCAAGUCGCCUUAUGUACUCUGUCGUUGCUGUCCCUGUCAUCUGGUGGUGAAAGCAAAGCGCGGAGCUGUAGCGAGGUUAGACAAGCUUAUAACGCGAAAGGGUUCAGCCUCGUCAAUGUACCACAUCAGGAAAUAUCAGGUGAGCACCUGCGUGUCUGUCCUCAGGGAUACACCUGCUGCACGUCCGAGAUGGAGGACAAACUCAACCAGCAGAGCAAACUGGAGUUCGAGAACUUGGUCGAGGAGAGCAGCCACAAUAUGAGGACGACAUUUGUCUCGAGGCAUAAAAAGUUUGAUGAGUUUUUCUUGGAGCUGCUGGACAAUUCUGAGAAGUCUCUCAACAGUAUGUUCACACGGACAUACGGGAAGCUGUAUAUGCAGAACUCAGAGGUGUUCCAGGACCUGUUCACUGAGCUAAAGCGCUACUACACAGGGGGCAACGUCAACCUGGAAGAAAUGCUGAAUGACUUCUGGUCCAGGCUGCUAGAGCGCAUGUUCCAGUUGCUCAACUCCCAGUACCACUUCACUGACGACUACCUGGAGUGUGUCAGUAAAUACACAGAUCAGCUAAAGCCCUUUGGGGAUGUGCCCAGGAAACUCAAGGCCCAGGUCACCAGGGCCUUCAUUGCUGCACGGACGUUUGUCCAGGGACUAAUGGUGGGUCGGGAGGUUGCCAACAGGGUAGCCAAGGUGAAUGUAGUUCCAGCAUGUGUCAGAGCCUUGACCAGGAUGCUCUACUGCCCAUACUGUCGUGGCAUGCCGGGGCUGAAACCCUGUCACAACUACUGUCACAAUGUUAUGAGGGGCUGUCUUGCGAACCAGGCAGACCUAGAUCCUGAAUGGAACCUCUUCAUCGAUGCUAUGUUACUGGUGGCAGACAGACUGGAGGGACCCUUCAACAUUGAAGCAGUUAUAGAGCCAAUUGACAUCAAGAUCUCUGAGGCUAUCAUGACCAUGCAGGACAACAGCAUGCAAGUGUCAGCGAAGGUCUUUCAAGGGUGUGGCCAACCGAAGCCAUCAGGAAUAGGCAGGUCUGCACGUGGCAUCUCAGAUGUGUUCAAUGCUCGCUUCAGACCCUACACCCCUGAGGAGAGACCAACCACAGCCGCUGGAACAAGCCUGGAUAGACUGGUGAUUGACAUCAAAGAGAAGCUGAAGGAGUCCAGGAGGUUCUGGUCCAAGCUGCCGGAUGACAUCUGUGCCAGGGGCAAGCUCACAGAGUCUGAUGAGGAGCAGUGCUGGAACAGCCACACUAAGGGCAGAUAUUUCCCUGAGGUGGUGAAGGAGGGCUUAACCAAUCAAGUAAACAACCCAGAGGUGGAUGUGGAUAUCACCAGACCUGACACACUGAUUCGGCAGCAGAUCAUGGCUCUUCGUGUCAUGACCAACAAGCUAAAGAACGCCUACAAUGGAAAUGACAUCUAUUUCCAGGACUCCAGUGAUGAGGGCAGUAGUUCUGGCAGUGGCAGCGGCUGCACAGACGGCUGCACAACAGAGUUUGUUUUUGUUGGAACAGAGGCUCCUGUAAUUGGAGCUGACAGGAGUGAUGAACGCGCUGCAGCAGCAGCCGCAGGCAAGUCACUUUCCCGUGGACCCUCCCUACUGCUGGUGAUGGCUGCCCUCACACUCCCACUUUGGGCAAUGCAGACUCAAUGGAGAUAAUACAUGAGUGCGGCCGGAUCACUGACUUUUAUACUGUUACAUACAGUAUGUU